GGGCGACGCGGUCGCUGCAGUCGCUUCAGCAGCUGGAACCGGAGUCGCAGUCGCCGGGGGUCGGUCGCUGGCCGCCGCCGGCGCGUGGCUCGGCCGGGCCCGUAGCCAUGGAGGACUUCAUCGUGAUCUCCGACGACAGCGGCUCCGAGAGCUCGGCCGGGACCCGCUCGGGCAGGGCGCGGAGGCUGCGCCGGGCCCUGUCCCGGACUUCAAGAGAGAUAGUUAGAAAAUCAAUAAACAAGGGUCAGAAAUUAGAGCCCAUCCCUCAUCGAAGACUAAGAAUGGUGACAAACACUAUUGAAGAAAACUUUCCUUUGGGGACUGUGCAGUUCUUAAUGGACUUUGUUUCACCCCAGCAUUACCCACCCAGAGAAAUUGUGGCUCACAUCAUCCAGAAAAUCCUGCUCAGUGGCUCUGAGACUGUGGAUGUCCUCAAGGAGGCCUACAUGCUUCUCAUGAAAAUUCAACAGCUGCAUCCAGCCAAUGCCAAGACCGUGGAAUGGGACUGGAAACUGCUCACCUAUGUCAUGGAAGAAGAGGGACAGACUCUGCCAGGACGAAUCCUCUUUCUACGUUAUGUAGUACAAACCCUGGAAGAUGACUUCCAGCAGAUCUUGAGGAGACAGCGGCAGCACCUCCAGCAAUCCAUUGCAAACACUGUUCUUUCGUGUGACAAACAGCCCCACAAUGUCAGAGAUGUUAUCAAGUGGCUGGUCAAAGCAGUGACUGAAAAUGAAUUAACACAGCCCCCAGAUGGGACUCAGACCUCUUCAGGAGCAGGAGUCUUGAAAGCUAGCAGUGACCACUUGUCUCCCCAGCCUAACCUGACCAGGAACACCAAUCAGCUAGUUGUGUGUCAGCUUCAGAGGAUGUUGUCCAUUGCUGUGGAGGUGGACAGGACUCCUACCUGCAGCUCCAAUAAAAUAGCUGAGAUGAUGUUUGGGUUUGUGCUGGACAUCCCUGAGAGAAGUCAGAGGGAGAUGUUCUUUACUACUAUGGAAAGCCAUCUUCUGCGCUGCAAAGUGUUAGAGAUCAUAUUCCUCCACAGUUGUGAGACACCUACCCGGCUUCCCUUGUCUCUGGCCCAGGCCCUCUACUUUCUGAACAACUCCACAUCACUGCUCAAGUGUCAGUCAGAUAAAGCCCAGUGGCAGACAUGGGAUGAGCUGGUUGAGCAUCUGCAGUUCCUGCUGUCCAGUUAUCAGCAUGUGCUGAGAGAGCACCUACGGAGUUCAGUGAUUGAUCGGAAAGAUCUGAUCAUCAAAAGAAUCAAGCCCAAGCCCCAGCAAGGAGAUGACAUCACAGUGGUGGACGUGGAAAAGCAGAUUGAGGCCUUCCGCAGUCGCCUGGUCCACAUACUGGGAGAACCUCUAGUCCCCCAGCUCCAAGACAAAGUGCAUUUGUUGAAGCUGCUGCUCUUCUAUGCUGCCGACUUGAACCCCGACACAGAGCCUGCACCACAGCCUGCCCCACAGCCUGCCCCACAGCACUGAGGCAGCCAGACUUCUAAGCAUUGAGUACCAAGAAUACCUCCUGACUGUCGCCAGCUACUUAGAAGCUCUGAAGUACAAACAGUAGUUAAGAAUAUCAUAGGACCAAACCUAUCUUAUUUAUCUGUAGGCUGUAAUCACUUUGAAACUCUUCAGUAUAUCUUUUUUUAUAAUCCUUAUCCUAGCCUAUUCAAAUGUGGCUUAAAUAUACAGUGUGUGUAUAUAUUUUUUAUUAAAUUAUUUAUCUAUGCUUUGGAAACAGGCAAUACGAUAUGCACUAUAUGUCCAACAUUUCCAUUCAAGAUGUGAAAGACCCCCUUCUGCUGAACAAUCUCCAUCAGUGUUACAUCAGUCAAGGUACUGAUCGCCUGUUUCUGGAAAGACAGUUUUUCCUGAAUAGAGCAUAUUCUAUAUUAGACUUUUCAUAUUGCCUAUGAAUAUGACUGUGGCCAGUUAUUUAAAGAUAAGAUAAAGCAGGCAAAGAAAGAAAGGAUAGAGCCUGUUAAUGAAAUGCAUGAUGUCAGAAAGAUACAACAAAAGGCACUAAGUUUACAAUGCUCUGGCUCUACUACAGGGCAGGCAGAAUGGACAAGAGACCCGGGUUUGAGAAAGUAGUAAAGAUUUUUAUUGUCAAUACAAGAUAACACAAAUAAAUUAAUUUUUACAACAA